UUCUUCCGUCAGGGUUGAUUUCUACCGGAAAUCAUUAGGAUUUGCACAUUAUAUCGAUUGCUCUACCAACUGCAAUGACGCAAACAGACUACAAGUUCGAAGGAUGGAUGGGCCUCAGCCCCGAAUCCGCCAAUGGCCAGAUGGUUUGGCAGGAGUUUGAGCCAAAGCCAUGGGAGGAAACAGACGUGGAUAUCAAAAUCUCUCACUGCGGUAUUUGCGGUUCGGACUUGCACACUCUCCGAAGCGGCUGGAGGCCUGCCCUGUACCCCUGCUGUGUUGGACAUGAGAUUGUCGGCACUGCCGUGCGUGUGGGAUCCAAGGCUGUCGGAGGAAUCAAAGUAGGAGACCGUGUCGGUGUUGGUGCUCAGAGUGAUUCCUGUCUCGGACGCUUGGGCGAUUGCCCUGAAUGCGCCAUGGGUUGGGAGCAGUACUGCAGCCACAAGAUCGUUGGCACUUACAACAGCGUCUUCCUGAAUGGCGGCAAGUCCUAUGGUGGAUACGGCCUGUACAAUCGUACGCCUUCUAACUUUGUGAUCAAAAUCCCUGACGCCAUUCCCUCCGCCCACGCAGCGCCGAUGUUGUGCGGUGGUGCCACGCUCUACAGCCCUCUCAAGCACAAUGGCUGCGGCCCCGGAAAACGCGUGGGAAUCAUCGGUGUUGGUGGACUCGGACAUUUUGGUGUCCUUUUUGCCAAAGCCAUGGGCGCGGACAAGGUCGUCGCCAUCUCGCGCAAAUCCAGCAAGAGUGAAGACUCAUUGAAGAUGGGCGCCGAUCUCUACAUUGCAACUGAUGAUGAGCCGGAUUGGGCGACGAAGCAUGCCCGCUCCCUCGACCUCAUUGUUAGUACCGUUUCUUCGACAAAGAUGCCAAUGCUCGAGUAUAUUGGACUCCUCGCCACUGGUGGCAGCUUGGUUCAGGUUGGACUGCCUGAGGACGGCACGCUCACUGCACCCAUUAAAAACCUCACUCGCCGGUUGAAGAUCCAAAGUUCCUUUGUUGGAAGCCCCAAUGAGAUCCGGGAGAUGUUCGAUCUAGUUGCAGAGAAGGGAAUCAAGCCCUGGGUUGAAGAGAUCCCUAUGAAAGAUGCCAACAAGGGCAUUGUCGACAUGCACGAAGGCAAGGCACGCUACCGUUAUGUGCUGGUCAAUGAAGAGCAGUAGGGGAUGGUGGCCACACCGCCAGCAACUCUAUGAUGACGCGAAUAGACUGUAUAUAGUUAGUAGAUAGACGAUCAAUUUGACGAAGGUGAUGAUGACGAUG